AUGGCUGUAGAGGUCAUCAACUAUCAACGCUUGUUGGAACGAGACGACGAUGAGAUCAAGAGGCUGGCAGCCAUUUGUUCCAAUGCCGGGCUGUUCUUUCUGGAUUUGAGGGGGCCAGAUACUGAAAUCCUACUGGCAGACCUGAAGCCAAUCAUUGACGCUCAGCGCAAGUUCUUUGGGCAGAAGCCUGAGAUAAAGUUGCCGUACGCGAGUCCUCUCGAUGGCCGAGGAUACGACAGCUUUGACGAGAUUUUUGUUCAGAGGCUCAAGUUACCGCGCCAGGAGCAGGUUCAUGGCAGCCUUUCCUUGCCCGAAGUCCUACAAGCUGUUGAGACCGAAGUCAACAACGUGUCUUCCAGAAUCGAUGCUAUUCUUCGCGAUAUCUCCAUGCUGUUAUGCCAGACUCUGGAUCCUCCUGUAUCGACCAAGGUUGUGGACGAUCCGAGAAACACUGGUCUGAGUAACUUGUGUCUGGGUAUAUCUACUGCAGAAGCUGGAACCUCGGUGAUGGGUGAGCAUUUGGAUGAGGACCUCUUAACAAUCACGUUCUACGAUGAACCAUUCUUGGAGGUGCUGGACAGACAAACGCAAACGUGGAAACUUGUUGACGUGCUAGAACACUUGCCCAUCGUGAAUGUCGGCGAUAGAUUCCAGGCCUUUUCCGAUGGCCGGCUACAUGCACCUUUGCAUCGAGUCAAACAGACAGCAAACCAGAUAGAUCUCAUCAUGUAUGAUUUGGAUGCAAGUGUACAGCAGAUGUGUUGA